AUGGAGGAUAAAGUAGCAGAUGUAAAGAAGAGAAACGGAGAAUUGAAUCAAGAAAUCAGCAGACAAAUUGAACAAAUUGAGCAAUUGAAGAAUAAAAUAAUGGAACUUAAUCAAGGAAUAGAUGGAAAAACGUUGAAUAUUGAAAGUGCCUUGGAUGUUGAUAACGUAACCCUAAAACAAAAGGGACAAACGAGCGGAGAAAAACAUGUUGCAGAACAAAACUCAACAGAAGUUUCAAAUAAUGAUGACGGAUGCCUGACAACAGUUUGGUCGAACGGGAUCCAAUUCUACUUGAAGCAGUUACAGAAAAUACAAGCUUAG